CAGGCCGUGUUGCUGUGACAGGCACCCCUCCAGAUGUCCCAGUCACCUCCGUCGCCAUCUUGGACGUUUCUCCUGCCUUGCUCUCCACAUGUGUGAGAUCGGGAAACUGUCGAGCAGAGCAGCUAAAUGACUCACUCAAGGUUCACACAAAAGUUCAGUGACAGCUGGAAGAAUCAACCCCCGGAUUCCCAGCUCCCCUUCGCCUGGCCAGCGGCAGAAUGAAAAAUACUAAGCGAGGCAGAAGGUGCGGCAUAUUUCUGGCACAGAUGGAAGGCAAGUGCUCCUAAAGCUGAUGGCAUGAUGGGGACCAAACAUCACGGAUUGCUUUCCAUCACAGCUGCAAUUCUCCAAACUACCGGAGAAUGAGUGUGGGAAGUAUCAGCAGCCCUUUACAACGUGCCGGGAAUGACCAGAGAUGACAGUUGCAAAGGUGAAAGAGAAAGUUUCAGUUAAUGACCAAGAUGAAGCCUGUCUUUCAAACACAGGCUGUGUCCUGAUCGGGCCGAGUACCCUUUGGAGAAGUUUUGCUCCAGAUGCAUCAGCUCAGGGUGGCUGCUGCUACUAAGCAGUACCGAGAUGCUCCGGCCUUAUCCGCGUACCGCAGGGGACCCACAGUGCGCUCCAGGAGCCAAACGCAUGACUCAGAUCUCUGUUCCUCCAGCGGCUCGAACUGCACACUGCUGGUAGCUCUGCAUAACCAAACCUCUGACGGACCCAGCAAAACCUCUCCUGUUCAGUGGCGGAGGAAGCACAAGCAUAUGUAGCUCUGCAUGGCUACCCCGCAGGAGCCAUCCGAGGUGUAGGUUGGGCUGUUAUUAUCCCUGCUUGGGAGAAAGGAAACUGAAACACGCCUCAGGUCACCCGAGGAAAUCUGUGCUGGAUUAGCACCUGAAUCAUUUGUUCUGGUCACAGAAAUGCUAAUUUCAUUAGCAUUUCAACAUCUGAGCAGAGCCCUGAGUGAUAUGGCCGCAUGGAAGAUGCAGAGAACCUGGCCCUGAUUCUGCUGUCAUGCUGGUGCAGAAGAGCAAUUCAACUGGUGUCAGAGGAUUUCCAUUGACAUAAAUCUAGUGUUUUUCCUCCCCCCUCACGAUUUCUGCCAGAAGCUCUGGAUUGCUGUGGUCAAUGGCAUCUCCGAAGGACACAUGGGCUGACAGACAGUUCACUGAACACAGUGUGAGGAAAACCCCAGCCGGGAGCACCAAAAAUGUGCAAAGCAAAGCUCCUCUAUAUUGCUGACAGUCACUGGGAUCAUCAACAGAAGUGAGGGGUCUAGCAGACAGCAGCGCAGGCUUCCCCGAACAGAGCUACCUCCGUCGUACUUUGCAUCCUACCCGUCAGAACCCGCUCUGCUGUGAAGCAGGUAGGAUUCUUCCCACUCAGCCGAUCCCAAGCAGCAUUAAAGCGGAGACCUCUCCGAGAUGUCAGGUAUUAGUCCGGAGGGGCAGAUCUGCGAGCCACACGGCAGCUCCCGGGGCUACGGUACAUUAGGCUCUCCGUGGGAGAGGGAUCCCAGGGAGCUCCGCUGGGGAGCCAGCCCAGGAGAUUUGUUCGCGGGCUUCUCCGGGGGAUACCAGCCACCUCCGGCACCCGAGCGCCAAAGGUGCUUGUGUUCCUGCUGCUGCUGCUGCUGCUGCUGCUGCUGGCGCAUUUCAUCCAAACUCCAGCCAGAGCGGGGGCAAGUUGAGCCGGAGACAUCAGAGCCACUGCGCUUUGGAGAGGCGAGGGCGCCCGGGGAGCGCAGUAGCACCAUGCCUGCUAUCAAGAAGGAGCGACUUGACAGGGAAGAGCUGGCCCUGGCAGCCUUUAACCAGCCCAUGGAAACCUUACCUGACUAUCUCGCCCCUCUGGCCGCCGCUGCCAUGCCGGUGGUAGCCCCCCACCCGCCGGCGUACGAGCAGAUCUUUGCCCACCGCGCGUACCUGGGCUUCCACGAGAGCCCCCACCCCUCCCACCCCCACCACCACCUCCCCGAGGACCUGAUGCUGGAGAGGUUUUCCUCCAUCCCGGAUUUCCAGCCCUUCUUUGACAACGGCGAGCCUUGCAUCGAGGUGGAGUGCGGGGAGAACAAGGCGCUGCUCUACAUCAAUAAGUUGUGCCAGGGGAGCAAGGGACCCUCUAUCCGGUACCGGGGCGAGUGGCUCACCCCGAACGAGUUCCAGUUUGUCAGCGGCAGGGAGACGGCCAAGGACUGGAAGCGCAGCAUCAGGCACAAAGGGAAAAGUUUGAAGACUCUUAUGUCCAAAGGAAUCUUACAGGUACAUCCUCCAAUCUGUGAUUGCCCUGGGUGUCGAAUUUCGUCUCCAGUGAACCGGGGUCGCCUGGCAGAGAAGAGGACGAUCCCCCUGCCUCCAACCAGGAUCCCGAAGAAAGAGCUGACCUCAAUUUUCUCGCAUAGUGACGACAGUGAAGAGAGUGACAAGGGCAAUGGUCAACACCCCGAAGUAAAGCAGGAGGAGGAUCUCCAUAUCAGUAUCAUGAAAAGAAGGAUACACACCCACUGGGAUUUAAACAUCUCCUUCCGAGAGACCUCUUGCAGCCGUGAUAACGACCUCUCCACUAUCAUCUCCAACCUGCAUCAGAGCCGUCAGCUCGUUAUGCCAGAGACCCAGAGCCGCUGUGAAUUCAAGAGGAACAGCAUCGACGUUGGCUUGGGAGCAGCAGAUGAGAUUUUAGGCAAGAGAAGAGUAUGUUCUCCCAACAGCAGCAGUGAGUGUCCUUUAGAAAGCAAGAAAGCCCGAAGUGAGUCCCCAAAGGAAAACUCCCACACGCCUCUGCUGGAGGACGCGGUGACUCAGAUGACCCCGGAGGAGCACUACAGGCGCAUGAUGUCAGCGCUGAACGAGCACGGCACGUUCGAGGAGCAGCAGCAGCAGCGUCUCUACCAGCUGGCCAACAGCAUGGCAGUGCCCAGCCACGGAGAUCUGCUCCGGGCUCGGCAAGAGGUGGCGGCGGCGGCGGCGCGCAACCCCGGCGCGAUGGAAGCGCACAUCCCCUCGGGCAGCAACUCGUCCAGCCAGCGGAGGAAGCAGGGGCUGCCCCAGCACAGGGACACCCACUUCCCCGAGAGGGAGAUAUCCCACCCGCCGCCGCUGCUGUCGCCCCAGAACGCGCCCCAUAUCGCCCUGGGGCCCCACUUGAGACCUCCUUUCCUCGGGGUGCCUUCGGCCCUGUGCCAGACACCAGGUUACGGGUUCCUACAGCCGGCACAAGCAGAGAUGUUUGCACGGCAGCAAGAGAUGCUACGAAAGCAAAACCUGGCAAGGUUGGAGAUGUCGGCCGAGAUCAUCCGCCAGAAGGAGCUGGAGAACCUCCACAGGCAGCGGCUGCUGGCCGGCGACCCUCUGAGCCUCCACCCGGGCUUGCCCCCGGACCACCCGGCCCUGCGCAACGUGCACGACAUCCCCGAGGGCCACCCGCUGCGGGAGGAGCUGUCCCGGCGCAACGCCAUGCUGGUGCUGCGGCACAACAACGCGCCCCUGCUGUCCCUCAACCCCGGCGUCCCCAGCAGCGCCACGCCGCCCAAGGAGCAGCCGCGGCGGGGCAGCAGGAAGGCGGCUCAGCACCGAGCCGAGCCGCAGGGGCCGAGCGAGGCCAAGGAGCCGGCGGAGCCCCGCGGGGCGCGGGACGGGGCGCCGGACUGUAACGACGAGGAGAUGAAGGACUCGGAGAGCGACGCGGACGUGAGCGACGAGAAGCCGGAGAGCCUGAAGGCGGAGAGCAGCGGCUCGGCCACGGAGCUGAAGGAGUGCAAGGAGACGGGCAAGGGCUGCGAAGGGGCCAAGGAGCUGGGGGAAGGGGCCGCCGGCCCAACCGCGCCCUGCAGCUCGUCGAGCGCCGAGUCCCCCAGCCACUUGCUUGGGCCGGGCAUCAACAAAAGCGAGGUGAAGUACCUGCCGCCAGCCUCCAUCCCGCCGCCCCAGCCGCUGCCCUUCGGGUUCCCCUACACGAUGAGCCCGUACUUCCACGCAGGCACCAUGGGAGGUCUGUUUCUGGAUGGCGAGGAGAGCCCCGCGCUGGAAGACAUCAGCAAAUGGACAGUGGAGGACGUGUGCAGCUUCGUGUCCAACUUGUCCGGCUGCACCGAGUACACUCAGGUAUUCCGCGAGCAAGCGAUCGACGGCGAGACCCUGCCCCUCCUGACGGAAGAGCACUUGCUGAACAACAUGGGGCUGAAGCUCGGCCCCGCGCUGAAGAUCCGCUCACAGGUCGCCAAGAGAGUGGGCAGAGUGCUGUACAUGGCAGGCUUCCCCAUGGCUUUCCCUCUGCAACCCCCUGGUUUGCGGCCUCCGGAGCGGGACCUGCCCCCCGCCGACCUGCGGCCGUCCUCCACGGGCAGCGUGGCCUCGCCCUUCAGCAGCGGGCUGCCCUCCGCCAGCCGCAUCUCACCAAAGCAGGAGAACGGCAACCCCGCCAUCCUCGCCGGGCUCAACGACACCACGAAACCUCCCUCCUAACUGCAGGCCAGCUCGGGGCUGCUGCUGGAACUGAGCUUCAGUUGGGGAGACCGAAGGGAACGCGGUGCGAGAGCAGGAGAGCCUCCCUCAGUGCGAGACACGGGAGCAAGGAAGGGAGGUUUUUUUACUUUUUUUUUUUUUGGAUGCAUUUUGCUUUUUGUUUAAAAAAAAAAAACAAAAAAAAAAACAAAAAACCACGGACGUUUUAAAAACUGUAAAAAGGGAAGGAAAGAAAACUAUCCAAAGAUGUAGCGAGACAACACGAGUGAAGAGGAAGACGAUGCUGGAGGCCAGCAGCGGUCCCCUUCCCUUCCACACCCCUUCGCGCUCACCAGGCUGAUGGAGAGCUGGGGCCGGGGAGGAACGCUCCUCUUUGCCUUCAGAGCCACACGGCUUUCAGGAACUUCUGGCAGUGACUCCGAGCAGGGCCAGGGACCGGGCACGGCUCCUCCCAAUGGUACUCGGCCCCCCCCUGAGCGAAAAGAAACCCACGGAAACGGCAAGCACCCGCCUUCCCGAGCAGCUCCUCCUCCCUGGAAACUGUACUCAGUUCCUCAUUCAGGUGUCUAUGCAUCUCUAGCGACUUUUAAAACAAUACCAAAGACAGACAAAAAAGGAAAAAAAAAUAGAAAAAAAACCUAAAAGGCAAGUUCCGGUCCAUGUUUACUUCAGUGUGGAUGGUACGGCACAGGCGGCUCGCUGCCGUCCCUCGGCUGGGGGCUGCCCUCUCCCCGGCGCCUUUUCCUUGCAGCACACACCCAGGAGGACUCUGCCCGCGCUCCAGCCCCGCAGAGCUGCUUUUUUUUUCCUUCGUUUUGUUUUAAAGAAGAAAAAAAAAAAAGAGUGUGUGUGCUUAGGUGGGACGAAGGGUCACAGGCCUCACUCCAGCGUGGCCCUCUCCCUCUGUCGCGUGUACUACGGACUCAUUUCUACAUUUGGUUUAUUUUUUUUUGUUUGUUUGUAGGGUUGGUUUUGUUCCUUUUAAAGCCUUGUUACAGAGGUGGAUGUAGUUGCACAUUCUGGCCUGCUGCGGACCAUGAGACGGAUACCUGUGCGCUCCCAGAGGAGGGGGAGGGAUGUUGGGGGUGGGGGGGGGGGGUGGUCAGGCUAAAAACCAAGGGGCAGAGUUUUUACUACUGUGAAUGAGAUGGUAACUCCUGGGGGUGACCCCCUGUGACUUGUACAGUUGUGAGCAACAAUCACAUGUGGUACUUUUCUCUCUCUCUCUCUCCUCUUUUUUUGUUUAAACGUUGCACGUGCUGCCGUUUUUUUCUUACAAGAUAGCUUGGUGGUACAUUAGCUUCUUUAUAUUGUAAAAAAAAAAAAAAAUUGUCAUUAUCCAUCACAUCACGAUAAAAAUGCUUUCCAGCAAUCAGUUUAAAUAAAAAAGGAAAACACUUAA